GAUGCGUUGAAGUGCGUUGUGCUUCCACGAGAGUACGGCGGGCACAGGCGGAGGCACGGCCCGGCGGCACACUCGCCGCCCGACCGCCCGGCGCCGCGCACGUAACGCCCGCGAGCCCGCAACUUACGCGCCUCCAGUGACAAACUCGAAACAUGUGCUAAGUGACCACUCCAAAAUGAAGGGCCGACAUCAAUUCAGACGCAGGUUCAGCUUACAACCGUCGUUUUUAAAGGAAGAACACGAAGAUGAAAGGAGGCCCCACAGGACCGAGCGAACAGAAGAGACUGUCGCCAGUAGCGCCAACCUCACCAACAAUGCAGUGCGCCAUAAAAUUGUCGUGCUAGGGGCCGCCAAAGUUGGCAAAUCGUCGCUGAUAACACAAUUCCUCUACAACACGUUUUCUCCUAAGUACAAACGAACGAUCGAGGAAAUGCACCAUGGAGACUUCAAUGUCGCUGGAGUUAGAUUGACAUUGGAUAUUUUAGACACAUCAGGAGCUUAUGAAUUUCCUGCCAUGAGGGCUUUGUCUAUGCAAUCGGCGGAUGCCUUCAUUCUAGUAUACGAUAUCACGGAUCCUGACAGCUUCGCAGAGGUGCGGACGUUACGAGAUCAGAUUCAUGAGACGAAAGCCAGCACGGCCGUGCCAAUAGUGGUGGUGGGGAACAAGGUAGACCUGGCGGAAACAGGAGCAAGACAGGUUGAUUUCCACACAACCGAGUCCGUAGUCACCGUCGACUGGGAGAACGGUUUCGUCGAGGCUUCAGCCAAAGACAACAUGAACGUGUCCCAGAUCUUCAAGGAGCUGCUGGUGCAAGCCAAAGUGAAGUACAACCUAUCCCCGGCGCUGCGCCGACGCCGGCGCCAGUCUCUCCCCACCGGGCCGCACGGCGCGCCAGGCACUCCCCCCACCACCGCCCCACACGUACCCUCGCCCGCGCAGCUCGCGCACCUUCAACAGAUUAGAGAACGGCAUGCUAACAGCAAACGCAACUCUUGCGUCAUUUCUUAAAGUUUAAAACCAAUUUGUAGGCUCUCAAUUUUAAUACAAAGUGGAUACGUGGUAAUAUCCCAAAAAGAUUAUUCACCUGCCAAGGCCUUUAUUGACAUUGAAUAUAACAGUAAAACAUUUGUCAACGUCUGUCGCCGUAAAUCACAAAUACGUUUGUCUGGGUAUAGACUUUCCAAAACCAUUAAAUGACCGUAAA